CAGUGAAGCCUAUGUGGAAGGUGAGGAGGCGCACCAGCGGAGGUUCGUGGAGUUCCAGUCCGGGCCUUGGUGAGUGUCGUCCGGGCAGCAGCCAUGGUUCAGACGUGCUCAGCGUACGGCUGUAAGAACCGCUACCACAAAGAAAAAGACAUUUCCUUCCACAAGUUUCCUCUGGCGCGGCCAGAUGUUUGUGGUAAAUGGGUGGCAGCGAUGAGGAGAAACAACUUCAAGCCGACAAAGUACAGCAACAUCUGCUCGCAGCACUUCACCAAAGACUGCUUCAAGAGAGAGUGCAACAAUCGGGUCCUGAAGGAGAACGCAGUGCCGUCGCUCUUCACCUUCAACCUCAACAUCAAGUCGGAGUCACUGGAGGAUCCUUUCCCCUCAGAGAUCCACUUCCCUCUGCCUCUCCCUCUAACCUCCGAACCAGCCGUGGAGGAGGAGGACCAGGAGGAGGAGGAGCCUGGGAGGAGCCUGCCCGAGGCCCGGUGCGACACGGUGGCGGUCUCCUGCGAUCACAACUACACAGCAGAAGACUCCGCUCGGCAGAAGAAACGCAUCGAGCAGCUGGAGGACCAGCUGGGCAGCCUGAGGAAGAGGCUGAAGACCAUGCAGCAGAAGUGUCGGCGGCAGGAGAGACAGCUAAAGAGGCUAAAGACGGCGUGUGAGGCGCCGAGGACCGGCCGGGAGCCGCCGGCAGUGUUCGGGGAGGGAUACGUGAUUUUACCAAAACACAUCUACCACACACUCAAAGGCAUCGAGUAACGAGGGACAGAAAGAGGAGAUGUGUAGGCAAACUGAGCACCAGGUUCAGAUCUGCUGCAGGUUCAAUCUCCUGUCUGUCUGUCAGCAGCCAGACGGACUGUUGGAGAGCUGUUGAGCAAGGCAGCAAAGCUCCGAGCUGAGAGCUGACGGACUCACUUGUUCGGAAAUACAAGAUUGUAGGUGGAUACAACAAACUUGCAUAUCAGUUUCUUUUUGUUUGGGCUGCAGUGAAAUUACACAAUCUCACUUUAAAUGCAUAGUUUAACCUUUUUGGUAGUGAUGUGCCAGUGAAGCCUCAUGAACCAUUUUCAUUAUUUUUUUGUGAGUCCACUAGAUGGCGCUCUCUGUUCAACAAAGAGCUGAAAGCACACUCAAUUACUAUUACUUACGCCUUUUUUUAACAGAUUUUAUUGAUUUUUAUCAAAACAAAAAACAUAAACAACAUAUAAGUGCUCUCUAUAUUAACAAAGAUAUU